AUGGCAACAUGGACAGCUGAAUGGACAGCCACUUACUCUACAGAAGGACUCGCUACUGUCACCUCCCAGAGCACUUGCGGGUCGGGAACAGCUGCUGCCCAGUUCCUCUGUCCUGAUGGAGAAGGCUGCUCGGGGGGCUCGAGACUUCUCACGCCUGCUCACCGUCAAGCUCAUGGACGUAGAUACACUGUAGGGGCAUGCUACUGUCCUAGCUAUGAUAACUCUGGUGGAAGUGAUGAGUGCCAACAGACUACCGAGUAUACACAGUCUAUCGGAAUUAUCAAUUUCUACACUGCGGAACUCUGUGCAGCGGGCGACACUGAAUGUUCGAUACCGUAUAUUGGCGUAGCCGCCGAGCACUCGUUCAAGCUCCGCGUUGGGUGCCCAACAAACGCCUGUGCUGCUGCUGAUAACAAUAGGUUUAAAGUACAGCUAGCAUCUUGGACCGAUCCAGGCAAUACCGGUGAGAUCCCAAGCUGGAGUGCCAGCCACAUCUGCAAGACUGGUACAAUGUCCAGCCUGGUUAAUACGUCAACGGGGUCGCCAGGCACGAUGAGCGGUGGCGGUCGACAGGACUAUAAGGAGUUCGGCAGCGUCUCGGAUCCGCUGGGACUGGUUACGGGAGAAACUCCUUAUGAACGAAUGGCCUUCCACAGCGUUAAGUACUUCGAUGUGUGUUAUUGUGAUGGGAGUUGUGGCAACGAUAGUGACUACUUCAAAGUCGGGAUACUGCGACUGUUGCCAUUCCGUCUCGCAUCUGCCGUUACUAACACAGCGGACAGGCCCUUCUUACAAUACGUGAAUGCACCAGCGUCUAUAGCUCUGUACAAGCCAGAGGACUAUGAUGACGCUCUUGGCUUCGCUGAUGGAGGCUUGGUAAAGGUUCUUGAAGACUCCUCCUCGUCAGCUCUGCCCAGCUCUGAGUGUGCUCAAAGACCGUAUGAUAACACGCUGUUGGAUGGUCUUACAGCCAGCAAUGCUGCAAGUGAAUACAAAGGCGUCACAAACAGUUACGAUAGACUCAUGUUCAACGCUGGCGACUUGAGCAAAGACGUGGCAGUUAAGACGGCUGGGAUCAUGGCUCUAUGCUACUGCGGCAUAAUAGAGAACAACGCGUGUGGAGACCACUCUUACUGGGUCGUGGCUGGGAGGUUCACAAUUCGCGGUCCUGAUAUCGACCAGAAUUGGAUAUUCUCUACUUUUAUCGUCUUUCGCUUUGAACUCACUGGGUGGGGCCUUGCUGAUGGUGACACGGUAAGGAUCGUGGAGCCUGAUGCGAAGUGCGCCGAUAACGGCAACGACCCGGUAUUUACUGUGGCGACUAACGCGUGGAAUUGCCCUGAUGUGACAGCAGUGGGCUGUACGUUAUUGACGAACGCGGAUGACAUUCCUCUUACUAUAAAGGCCCAUGAUCGAGUGGAAUGCGAUGCAAAAAACCAGUGUACAGGAAAUGCGUACAUCACCGCGGUCAGUGUCAAUGCUUCGACUACAACUAUGCUGACUUUCGCUGAGCCCCCCAAGUUGGACUCCCUCGAUUGGAUCGUCCUCACUGGGAGCGGCUAUGCUUGUGAUUCUCGGUGUUCUGAAGAGCAGCUGAGGGCUUUGACAGGGGUCUUCCCGUAUGGGGACUCCAAUGUCAAUGACAACAGCCUGGCUGACUACUAUGAAGUCGGUAAUCAGGUGACCAAAAUAUCACAUACAGUGUAUUCGAUACCUCUGGGUUGGAGUCUGGACCCGCCGACUUUUACUGUCACGCAAGGAGAAUGGAAACGCACUAAUAGAGCUCAAACUAGAGAGGAAUUGAAAGGUUUAGCAGAGCGAAGCCGUAUGAAAGUUUGCUGGGCUCCGAGUGGAAUGCCGGGGAAGUAUUUGGCUGAGCGCUCGAGAUGGGCCGAGGACAACUGUCGUCCCCACAAGGGAUGCCAAGUGGAGGGAGGACCACGCCGAGCUUCGCUACAAGAGGCUUUACGCUCGUCGGAGGGACUAAUGGUAAGUUAUAUUGAUGUUGGGAACAUGAACUCUAUUGAUUUCGAAAUCAGAGGCGGUGAUAACAUCACGACGGGCCCUAUCAAGGCGGGGUAUCACGUUAGAGUCAUUCUAUGGCCUUUGACUCAGUGGAGGGUGGGAGCUUUGUGCACCGCAGUAUGCCUUGAGGUCCCACCGGGAGAGGACAACAGACUGUGUGGAAAAGUCCAGAGCUGCGUUGGCGAGCCUGUUGUGCCGGGCUUCCCGAACAACAAGGUAAAGAUCCAACUACCCGCGGACAUGCCAGACCUUGUUGGAAAUGAGGUUCGAAGACUUUCCAUUGUCGGCAUCAACGUCCCCAGCGGUGGAUUCUUCCCGGGCCGCCUGGGGGCUGAGAUAACUGACCAAAACGAUGAGUACCCGUGGUACACCGAGUCUGUCGGCGAUUUCAUAUGGAAGUCACCGGACACUGGGCGGACUAUCGCCAGGCUCGUUGAUAACGGUCUUGAUGGGAAUAGUAGACCCUAUAAGGGCGAUCAGAGUAACGUCAUUUACGCCCAACUGCUGUUGGGGGCUACACUAAGGACGCUCCAAGGAGCUCCUUCGGCUGCCAAAUCCAAAUUGACAAUAAAUCUACCUGAAGGAUAUACCUGUGUAGCGGUGGAGAGUGUUGGGAUGGACUUGGAACACUUCGGAGCUGUAAUCCCUCAGGGCAGAGGCAUGGUGGCGUCGGCGAACUGGACGUAUGCUGAUAACAAAUGUAUUCUUGCUUUACCCGAGAACGGUGUUGUCCAUGCGGGGAGCUCCUUGUUUAUAAGAAUCACCGUGGACAACCCCACGACGGCUCUAAGUGCCUCGGACGAGUCAAACGUGUGGACCGUCGAACUGGAGGGUGCUGGAGAUGCUUACACCAGCGGCGUUAUGAAGCGAACAACCGCUGAGGUCUUCAAGGGCGACGAAAGCGCAGGAGGGACCGUCUCACCGUCGAGAAGAUGGUCCGGCAACAAAGCGGUACUGGGCAAGAUGUCUUUGUUGCACAUUGAGCCUUCCGAAUGGAUCGGCGGAGCGACGCAUCUUAUCCGAAUCUUCUUUGCCACGGAGCAAGACAUUACCAUCGGUGGACAAAUCGAAGUGCUCCUGCCGGUCGGCUUCAUCGUCCCUAGUCCCUGCGAGGCGGCCGAUCUCGACCGCCGGGUGUACACGCUGAGCUCAACCGUGCCGACAACCUUGCGCGUUAUGGGCCUCGAGGCCGGGUGUCGUGUCGUCACUGAGGGCGCUCAUAAUGGUGCCGCUGUGACCGUAUCGGGCAGACUGGUCGCUAGGCAACGGUAUGCGUUCGGCCUGGUCGUGCGGAAUCCACCAGUGUACAACUCGACGCAUCAGGACUCGUGGUUCCUCUACUCUAGGGACUAUAGCGGUCGUAGGAUGGACGGGUCCUAUGGAAGCGUGCCUCUCAACGAAGGCGAGCCGACAACUUCUGGGUCAUGGGGAAUGUACCAGGAAAGCCUACCAGGAGAUUCCUUCAACGUAACUGUCACUGAUCUUCGACCGUUUGCUUUGAGCGACCAAUACGCUCGGGUGGUCGUUGGCUCGAUAAAGCUCCCUAUGACGUUCACUGGUGCUGUAAGAGUGACAGCCCCUCAGGGAUUCCUAUGGCGCAACGUGGACGCCUCGGGGUUUGCGAUGAACCCUUCGGAUGGCAGUAACUACAGCGCGGCUUGGCCCGGUGGAGUGCCAUCUGUUGCUUAUGGUAAUCAACUCCUAUUUCAAACGGCCACUUAUAGCGGAGCUCACACCUACGGCUUCGAGGUGGACGUAGAGGUCCCUGAUAGAAAUCCGGGCUACAGCGAGUGGCGAAUCGAGGCAGGUUGGGACGCAACAACCCCGGAGGCCCGGCCUUGUAUAGGGAUAGUCACUGGCCUCCCAGUGAAAGCCCUCUCCGAAGGAUUCGUCCGGCAUACCUAUAACGCAGUAGGACAACAGAAUGCGGUCAUGUUUCGGAUAAGAACAGAAACUCAUCUGUACGGACCUGGCGGAAUUGUGAUAGAAAUGCCCCUAGGAUUCUCGUCGGUGCCUUAUUGUAUGCCACUGGGAAUCAACAAUGGUCCCAGUACCUUCCCGAGCGACAUUCAUUGUGCGUAUAUGUCCGCGAUAAGCCCGUAUCCAGCGAUAUCGAUAAUUGGUAGUCGAACUGGUGGGAUACCAGCGGGGCUUUACGAGUGGCGACUGGUCCUCAACAAUCCCGAUGAAGUGUCUGAGCUGGUCACGGAUGACGCGACUGACUGUGGCUGGAACCACUGUUUCACUUUUUAUGCCCUCGGAGACGUCCUGGACUUCGCGACAGCGAUCGACUACCAACUGACCGUUAAAGGUUUUCCCAUUACGAGGAAGAUGGUCGAGGCCCGGAUACCUUUCUUGAGCGCUCAGGAGCGUCUGGACACCGGGAGGGAUGAUCGUCCUGGACGGAGGAACAACAUCAUAUUCGCUUUCCAAUUGAGUUCGGACACUCUCGGCUCGGACAAUGACGGUUCCCCGAUGGUAUUCUCCCUUCGUGGGCCGGAAGGCUUCAUCUUUGCCGAGGAUUGCCUGAGUACAGUCGAGGUAGCGGAGGCUAAAGUCUUUGGUAGCUCUGCUCGAUGGCCUCCUGAGUACGCCCCAUGGCCGUCCUCCGUCGCAGUAGUUGAGUGCGUCGGGUUGGGUUCCGAGGCGGCGAUUAGCAUGUUGCCGGGGGUGGUCCGAAAUCCGGAGGUCACCCCGCCGAUCAACGAAUGGACGAUCUCUUUCAACAGCGAGACCAGUGAACCCUUCGACGGUUUCGAUCUCGGCACUGCCGAAAUGGCGACAGUCGAGCCAGUCAGUACAGCCGUAACCUCCGUGGAUGCUGAAGCCAGGCUCAACCCGUUGAGUAUCAAUUUCAUACCGCGUCAAACGGUGAACCCUGUGAAUACUCGGGCUGCGGGGGCCUUCCUCCUCGUUGGAGCACCGUCGGGCUUCAAGUUUGCCCAUGAAAGCGGCACCUGCAAAGCGCAUGUUAUUGAGCGGCCCUACUAUGACGAUCGUGGCGAAUACAACUCGGGGGGUCAGUGGAACGAGGAAGACUCCUUCUGCAUCAUACCAGAUGUAGCUCAAGAUUCUUUGAUUUUGCGCCUCAGAAGCACGGUGAAAAUGGUCUCUGACAGAGACUAUAUCAUCAUCGUGGGAGUUUAUAAUCCUGUCACAGUCACGGCAGUGGGGGAGAAGCCUGGCUCAUGGCGGCUCGAGACGUACCUUGGGGAAUCGAUCAAUCCGGAACUUAUCCUCGAUGAGAAUACAAUGGAAGGCUUCGUCGUCAACGAGGCGCUCAACGCCUGGGAGUAUGUCAACGUGGACGAACAGGGUCGCAACCAGGUUAACGGCAAUUCCAUCGUGCGCAACUUACGUUUGAGGCUGCAGUUCCCCGACCGACUUGUUGAUGGUGACACGGUCGAAAUCAAGGCACCGGAAGGCUUCCCUCUGGAGGAUCCCCAGUCACCAGGCACUUGUUGGAAUCUCACGUUCGUCCAACAGCCUGGCGUGACCGGUGUCCUCCCCAAUUCUCUCGUCAACUGUUCCCAAGGUCUCCUGACUAUCCAAAUCCGCGACCUCUACCCGCGUGAGUCAGACCUCACUUUUACUCUCAACACUCGCAACCCUCCGUCCACCCCAUUCAUCACCCAUAACUGGUGGAUUGCUCGUCACUAUGCCACCAUGGGCAUUCAGAGCUCUCAAGCGAUCGAGGGCUGGCGAAUCAUUCCGCUUUUGCUAAAUGCAACUGUGAUGGUCACUGGACCCUUACUGAGAGCUACGGUGACGUCCAGCGUCCAAGUCAGCUUUAUUAGCAUCAGCCAGGCGGAUACUGUCUUCGUUGAGGUUGCCGAACCGCUCGGUUUCGACUUUUCUGCCGCGGCGGCUUACAAGUCUGAUCCGACCGCUGCGCCACGAAAUUCCCUGAGUGUGGCCUCCCAGGAUAGGCUGGUGGUGACUGAACGGACCGGAUCCUCGAUAAGAUUCCAGGCUGAGAUUGCUGGUGGCGAGUUAUUGGUGUACGUCAUCACUGACGUUUGGCUGGGGGACGUUGGUGGCCCUACCCGAUGGCAUCUCCAUACGAGCUACUUUGAGGUGGUUCAAGAUGUACGGUCCGAUCUGGAGGGAUUUAGACUACCUGGUGUCCUGACUAUUGAAUCGAAGGAGAUACUCUCUGAAUACGUUCAGCAAGCGGUGCAGUAUCCAAUACGAUCGCAGUGGGGUGUCCGAACUGACAGCAGGGCCAUGGUGGUCUUCGUCUUCUUCCUCACCCAAAGUGUACCACCAGGAGGGGUGAUCCGUCUGACCACGGGUGGAUACUCUGUUGAGGGGGAUUUCGACCUUGCCCAGGCUGAUGGUACCAACGUGACCGCUGCUCCUCUACUGUGCCCCGUAGAGUACCGUCUCGUUGUAACGUGCUUUACACCAUCUAAAGUAGCAGUAGGACUCAGUGCUUGGCGACUGGAGACCUGGGGUGCUGAAGGGAACCAUCCUGAUGUUGAUGCUGACGGUCUGCUGGCACUGCCACUGAAUACUGAUGAUGGCCUUACUAGUGGCUUCAAGUUGGUAUACCCACUGGAACUAGUAGUUGGUGCUGUACGUAGCCCACCAAAUGCGGUUAUUGAAGUCAGUGUAUUGCUGAGCCCGGGGGCCGCACGACCUUCUGAAGCGACGAUAGUAGCACCACCGACCUUCGUCUUCCCAGAGGAUUGCCUCGCCUUCGGAGGAACGUCUCGUGUUGUCGUCACGAGUUGCACAGCCUCAGCAACUGUGGGUGACCGCCCUACUGCCAAGCUGGCUUUUCGAACCGCUAUUUCUGAGCCAACUUAUGGCCUCGUUCUGAAGGUUUUGACACCGUCUCGAACGCCCGUUGACACAGUGCAGUGGUUCGUGGAUGCCAGACUGAUCUCAGGGGAGAGGAUAGGCUGGGGUGAGAGCACGGCACAGUUCGAGGUCGUGCAGAUGAGGUCAGUAAGCAUCACAUACGCUUCAGUGACGAGCAUCGUGAGCCAAACAGCUUUCACUUUCGAGAAUCACACUGCAGAAGAUUUCGCUGCCAUUCUAUUCGGUGGAAGUGCGCUGCCUUCAACCUCGGAUGUGCCCGUCAACGAGUGCCCUCAGAAUGUUGCUGACAUCUGCAGAGUCGAUGACUCAACUGAUCCGAGUAGGCCGUACUUAGUUGUCACUCUCACUGAAACACUGUUCCCUGGCGAUUACGCCUUUGUUAUCGACGCAAUCAUGCCUGAGGAGCGACCAACAUAUACAGGGUUUGAUUUGAUCCUCACGCUCGAUGCUAAUGUUAUCGAUGCAGCUACCGGUGUCAUGGGCCCGAGUUUCGACGACGGGGCUCAGCAGGGAGCGGGACCGAUUCUUGUGCAGACUGUCCCCAGGCCAGAUUGUCUACGAUGGUACCCAUCUACAGUCCAGGCCGACACCAAACUCGGAGUGGAAGUACGGUUCGAGGUCCUGCAGCAAAUUACCCCAGGUCCUGUUGGGGCCAUCCUCAUAGUGUUUCCACCGGGUAUGUCUUUUGAAAUAAGACUGAUGAGGGAGAAAGGCCACUGCUUAGACUUCGUGCACGCCGUAGAGCAUACGACUGAUGUUCUCAACUUACAGAAUUUCCCGGUGGACACAACUGAGGACAAGUGGGUUGAUUUCACUCAGAAAGAACGUUUGCUCAUCCACGCCUCUCCCAGUGAUACUAUCCUGAAGAUGGAGUACUGGUUCCGAUUCCCAGUGUAUGUCCCGCAACACAUGCCACCGACAAACGUCUGGUUCGUCACACUAUGCGAUCAGAGUGGCGGGUGCUCCUCGAUUCGGGACUCCGGUGUGAUCGUGACCAUGCCCAUCGGAGGCUUCGAUAUCGGUGAUGUCCAUCCGAACACCCAGUUGAGGCUCAUAGCAUUCGCGGCCUCUCCGAUUCAUCCUUCACUUCUUCUCACACUGGAUCAUCCUAUCGAUGUUGUAGACACCAUGUGA